AUGCAGACGUCCAGAACCUGGAGACACGAAACCAGCAGCGGAGACCCAAAACCAGCAGCUGGAGACCCAGAGGAAACACUUAACAAAACAAAUACAAGAUGGAGACAAACUGGGAAUAAACUCAACGUCAGUCGAGCUCAGUGGAGCAUUGAUGCCUACUGCCCCAAAGAUAAAGGGAGACAGUGUACAGCUUGUCAGAAAGGCUGGUUUCUCAGAGACUCUAACUGCUAUGUGUUUCAUGACGCUCCUCCUGAUCGUAAAACUGGGAAGAAGCUCGACAAGACAGAGGAGAGGGUUCAGAUUGGAGGAUUGGAAGAAGAAGAUAAUAACUAUGUUAAUGCUCCAGCCUGGACUGAGGAUGAAGUGGCAGCCCCCCCAGACCAGAGGUCUCUCUUCUUCUCUCGGUCUUCUCCACUGAUAGCAGUGUGUUGGCUGAUACUGUUAGUCAUCAUGGGCCUUCGUAUCUACUUUGGUACUGUCUUAGAAAGCAAGAUCACAAACCUGACUGCAGACGUCCAGAACCUGACAACACGAAACCAGCAGCUGGAGACACAAAACCAGCAGCUGGAGACCCAGAGGAACAACUUAACAGAACAAAUACAAGACCUGGAGACAAACUGGAAUAAACUCAACCUCAGUCGAGCUCAGUGGAGCAUUGAUGCCUACUGCCCCAAAGAUAAAGGGAGACAGUGUGCAGCUUGUCAGAAUGGCUGGUUUCUCUACAUGUCUAACUGCUAUGUGUAUAAUAACGCUGCUCCUCCUGAUCAGAAAACCUGGGAAGAAGCUCGACAAGACUGCAGAGGAAAGGGUUCAGAUUUGUUUGUUGGAAAUAGUCAAGAGGAUCAGGUUGCACUCAAUUACUACAGCAAGGGUAGUUCAGGAACUGCUGGAUACUGGUUUGGUCUGAGAGCUGAAGGAGGGAGAUGGAAGUGGAUUGAUGGUAGGAAUCUGACUGAAAGCUACUGGACACCACAGCCUCCUCCUCCUCCUGCUACUGACAGUCAGUGUGUAAUGUCUGUCCAGAAGUAUAAAUGGAAAUCAGUGAGCUGUGAUGAGAAAAAACAAUGGAUCUGCGUAAUGAAGGCUUUAAAGGCUGUGUCUCAAAGCACGCACUUCCCUUAGUGCACUUACAGAAGUACACUUUGUGCACUACGUACUAUCUUGCAUCUUGCAUACUAUCUUG